AAUAUUUUGUGUCAGUGUGAACCAUCAAAAUAUUAGUACAUAUUUUUAGUGUACAAAUGAAGUACAAAUUUUGUGUACAUGUAGCAUGCUUCAAAAAAGAAAAAAACAAAGAAAACUGAAAUGCCCCGACCCGACCAUGCCCACCCCUACCCAUCAGAUUCCAUUUCAUUUUCGCCAGAAUUUGAUUGCUUUUUCAACUUUCCGUCCGGCGGACUUAGCAAUUGGUCAGUAAAAUCGAUCCUUAAAUUGCAGUUAUGAAUCUUGAACAGAUCUUCUUGCGGGUUGUCGCACUUGAACUCAAUGAUAGAUCCGUGAAAUCAUGAGACGGGUUCCUCAAUUAACAGGUUUUUCGAAUCCUGCCAGGAUCGUUUAGGUUUUUUCCAAAUUCUCAGGAAAUAAUUGUUGUUCAGUGAUGAAACACAUUUGAAUGAGUGUGGUGGAGUGAAGAAUCUUGAUUGUGCACUUAGUGGGUGGUGUUCUUAGAGGAGGCUAUGGAGUGUCUUCCUGUUGAGGUAAUUGGGAAUAUUUUGUCUCGGCUUGGGGCGGCAAGAGAUGUUGUGAUUGCCUCUGCAACUUGCAGGAAAUGGAGGAUUGCCUGGAGGAACCAUGUCCACACACUUGAGUUUAACUCGAAUGACUGGCCUGUAUAUCAUGAUCUCUCGAGGAGUAGACUUGAGAUUAUCAUAACAGAGACGAUUUUACAGACCACGGGACUGGAGGGACUUUCCAUUGUCAUGGACAAUGUUGACGAAUUCUCUGCUUCUCCGGUGAUUGCUUGGUUGAUGUACACCAGAGAAACCCUCCGCCGGCUCCAUUUCAAUGUCAAGACGACACCCAUCAUAAACAUACUCGAGAAAUGUGGCCACCAGAAACUGGAAGUACUCACACUCGCACACAACACCAUAAUCGGCGUUGAGCCCAGUUAUCAAAAGUUCCCUUGUUUGAGGUCUCUUUCCCUGAGCCACAUUGGCAUAUCUGCUUUGGAUUUGGGCUACUUGCUCACUAUCUGCCCUAAAAUUGAGGUCUUGAAUCUUGUCAGCUUGGACAUUGUCAUGUCAGACCCACAGGCAACCAUGGAAUUGAGCAGUAACUCCCUGAGUGAGAUCUACAUUGAAGCCAUUAACUUGGACAAGAUUGUUUUGGAGGCUGAUGGGUUGGAAAAGUUGCACCUGAAAGACUGUACGCUCGAGUUCUUUGAUCUUGUCAGCAAGGGAGGACUGAGAUUCCUCAAGAUUUAUGAUGUCAGCGUCAUCCAUCUUGACAUCGGCGAGAGCACCGAGAAUCUUGAUACUGUGGAUGUCAGCAACUUCACCAUCAUGUGGUCCAAGUUCCACCACAUGAUCUCAAAGUCGUCCAAACUGAGGAGGCUUCGUCUGUGGGAAGUGGUGUUCGACGAUGAGGAUGAGGUUGUUGAUAUCGAGGCAAUCUCUUCUUGCUUCCCGCAGUUAACCCAUCUGUCCUUGAACUAUGAACUAAGGGAAGCAGCCCUUCAGUAUGGUUUGCAAGGUUCGUUCCAGUUGGAAAACGUGGCUGCUUUGGAGCUCGGUUGGACUGUGAUUAAUGACCUCUUCUCGGACUGGGUAGCCGGGCUUGUAGAGAGGUGCCCUAACCUCAAGAAGCUAGUCAUUUUCGGGGUCGUCUCUGAGACCAAAACCCCUGAAGAGUGCCAUACACUGGCUAACUUCACAUCCUUCAUUGUAAGGCUCAUGAGGAAGUAUCUACAUGUUGAGGUUCAGUUCGAAUACGAGUAAGAAUGAAGGUAUAUAUGGUUGAUUGUGAUUCUUUGGUGUUGAGAAAUUGUAAAUCAUAUUUUUUUUGGUUUAAGUUCAAGUUCAGACAAUGUAUUCAAUUCUUAAUAUCCCCCUUUUUUUCAUUCUUGGUUGGGUAUAAUUAUAAAACUUUCAGUAUCUU